UGUAGCAUUAGGGAAAGUAAACCGUGCAAGCUGAGUGAGGUAACAGUGCAUGACAGAGGCCAAUUCUGAUGUUGUUUGUUGGUAAAAGGAUUUGGUAUGCAGGUCCCGAAGCUCCCUCUUCUUUUGAUGAAGCAGUGGGUGAGCAGCAGUAGCACUAUUUCAUCAUCUUCAACACCCUUCCGAUCCAUCCAGUCAACUCAACAGUGCCUUUUCCUUAUUCAGUUCAGCGUGCUGCUCCUGUUCUGUUACUCUAUCUGACUAUCCACUUACUUUCUCAUGUCCCACUGUUUUAUUUAUGGCAAAACCAAAGCUCAGACAACACACAAUAUAUAGGCUUAGGCACUAGUGCCACUAGACUAGUAGCCACACUCCCAUUUUCUCCACUCAGUUACCCCAAUAAGCUCAGCUUAAUACAGACCCCACUCUUAUCUUAUGCCUCAGACCAACUAAAAAUAUUUAUAUACAACAUGGUAUGAAUUUGUAUGGUAAUGGUACAAGCAGCACCACACACAACUCCACUUAAUCUGCAAGCUCAAACUGAGUUUGUUAACUCCUUUCCAAUGCCAAACAACGGUAACUCGGAUAGCAGAGAGGUUUCAGCCAACAGAGAUGGAAGCAGCUCUAUCACACACAGGAGACUAGAGGCUCCCUCUACCCCUAGCAGACCCAUUUUCAGCUUCAACAGUGUUGGCAAAUUUUCAAGAAAGAGCUUCCCUUCCAAAUGGGACGAUGCAGAGAAAUGGCUCAUCAGCUCCCACCACUCCCCACCUCACACUAUAAAGCUCUCUGAGCCUUCUAACAUAAAGGUGCACCCUGACUCUGGCAACUUUCAAGGCUGUGUGUCUUUGGACCACCAUGACACAGCCCAUGCUUCUAAUGGGAUCUCUUGUUCCACGCACACUGUGCUAAAAGGUGAGUUCACAGACAGCACUGUGCCCAUUUUCCCUAAUUUGCAAUAUUCAGAGCCAACUGGAGAAGGGUUUUUGUUUGGAGAACCAGCUGGGGAGGCAGUGGAAGUGGUUCGUAAGGAUGCUGGGACGGAGAUGACGCCUCUUGGAAGUUGCACAGCUUCAAGAUGCCACACCCCAUUCAAGAGUUCAUCUCCUGCUCGCCAUAACACUCCUGCAAGUAAGUCGGGACCAUUGUCCUCCGCAAACCACAAUAACAAAACCUGCACCAUUGACCUGAUUCGGCUGGAGGAGUGUCAUUUUGCCAAAUUGCAAGUAGGAACACCGUAUAAUUCGGUAACAUCACACUGGAGCUCAAGAGAAGAGGAGGAAAAGGAAAUGUCAAAGAGCUUGAGACAUAAUGCUAGCCAGAAAGCUGAUUCAGACUGCAGGGUUGCUACGUGGGAACAAGAGGAAAAGACCAAGUUUUGUCUCAGGUAUCAGAGAGAAGAAGCCAAAAUUCAAGCUUGGUUAGACCUCCAUAGUGCUAAAGCAGAAGCACAAUCAAGGAAGCUUGAGGUAAAAAUUCAAAAGAUGAGAUCAUCCUUGGAAGAGAAGUUGAUGAAGAAGAUCGCAGUGGUUCACAGAAAAGCUGAGGAGUGGAAAGCAGCAGCCAGACAGCAGCACCUGGAGCAAAUCAAGAAGACCGUUGAACAAGCACAAAAGAUUAAGAACCAGUGUAACCCUCAAGUCUUAGGCCACAAUUCAUGUGGUUGCUUCCCCUGCAAUAACAAUCAUCACUAAACAUAAUAUA